AUGUCUUGCAAAGCGGCGACCAAGGACAAGAAGUCCAGUUUCAGCAAGAAACUGUUCAGGAGAGGCUCUGUGCGCUCAGUGGGCAGUUUUAUGAGCAGGGUCCUGAGGACACUGACGGCCUUAUCACACUUUGGAUCCGAAGUACAGACCGAGGAUGAGAAAGAUGAUGGAGGGUUUACAACUUUUAAGUCCGGAAAUAAAGAUGUUCCCAUCGAGGAUGGGGAUCUGGGGGGAUUCUUGUCUGGGGAGAGAGUCCCAGGAGUGUCGGGCCUGAAAAACCAUGGGAAUACCUGCUUCAUGAAUGCUAUUCUGCAAUGCCUCAGUAACACUGAACUCUUUGCUGAGUACCUCGUUUUGGAGCAGUAUAAAGGCGAGGAGUCGGAUGAGGAUAAACCAAAGACAAAUGGUGUGCAUUUGCCGAAGAAGGGUCCUUUGGCUAAAGGAGAAGUGACAGAGCAGCUGUCGGGACUGGUUCGGGCUUUGUGGACCUUUGAGUACACCCCCCAGCACAGCAGGGACUUCAAGAACGCUGUGUCAAAAAAUGCCACUCAGUUUAAAGGGAACGCUCAGCAUGACGCUCAAGAGUUUCUCCUGUGGUUACUGGACAGAGUCCAUGAGGACCUAAACACCGUGAACCCCAACAGCAGACCUGCGAUAAAGCCUCCUAUUGAUGAAGAUGACCAGUGCAUAGAGGGUCCAACUCUUCCCCUCUCUGCUGGGUCAUUCGUGCAAGAACUGUUUCAGGCGCAGUACAGGUCUUCUCUCACAUGCCCGCAUUGCCAAAAGCAGAGCAACACCUUUGAUCCUUUCCUCUGUAUCUCCUUACCGAUCCCGCUUCCUCACACACGGCCCUUGUAUGUGACAAUUGUCUACCAGGGGAAGUACUCUCACUGUAUGAGGAUAGGAGUUGCUGUUCCUGUGAAAAGUACAGUCUAUCGCCUCAGAGAUGCUGUGUCACGUGAGACCAAGAUCCCAAUGGACCAGUUUGUUCUGACAGAAAUGUACUACGAUGGCUUUCAUCGCUCAUUUUGUGAUGAUGAUGACGAUCUUGACAUCAUUCAAGAGAGCGAUUCCAUCUUUGCCUUUGAGACACCAGAGACCUUCAAACUGGAAAACAUACGCACAAAAAGAGGAAGCCUUUUGGCAAACCUGAAUCAUAACAAUUUGAAGUAUGGGCCGGAACUCAGCAGGACUCCAUCCUUCAUGCAGGGGGCUAUGACUCCUGUAACUGGAUCACCCAAUAAAAACUUGGGACCGGAAAAAAUUAUCCUUUUGGUGUGCAACAGGGCAUGUACUGGCCACCAGGGGAAGAGGUUCGGCCUGCCUUUUGUACUGUACAUGGAGCGCACUGUGACCUGGGAUGCUCUACAAAAAGAGAUCCUGGAAAAAAUGCGGCAUCUUUUGAGACCUGGGGUCUACAUUCAGGUUGGACCUUUCAGUCUCCGGGUGGUUGGCGUUGUUGGUAUCACCUACCUCCUUCCCCAAGACGAGCGGCCACUCUGUCAUCCAACUGUUGAAAGGGCAUACAAGUCCUGUGGACAAGGGGGACCACCGCAUCUGGCCCCAGACGAUGCUUGGCGCUGUCCCCACUGCAAGCAGCUGCAGCAGGGUCGCAUAAAGCUCAGCCUGUGGACGCUGCCGGAUGUGCUUAUCCUGCAUCUCAAGAGGUUCAGACAGGAGGGCGACCGGAGAGUUAAGAUGCAGAACAUGGUGAGAUUCCCCUUAAUGGGGAUGGACAUGGCUCCACAUGUGGUCAAGAGAAGCCAGAGCAGCUGGAGUUUACCCUCCCACUGGUCACCAUGGAGACGUUCCUAUGGUUUGGGAAGAAACCCCGACGACUACCUGUAUGACCUGUACGCUGUGUGCAACCAUCAUGGCAAUAUGCACGGAGGCCACUACACUGCCUACUGCAAAAACUCUGUUGAUGGUCAGUGGUACUGCUUUGAUGACAGCGAAGUGUCCCUGAUACCUGAUGAUGACGUGUGUCAGCAGACAGCCUACAUCCUGUUUUAUCAGAGGAGAACUGCCAUUCCCUCCUGGUCUGCCAACAGCUCUGUUGCUGGAUCCACAAGCUCGUCCCUGUGUGACCACUGGGUAAACAGGCUGCCUGGCAGCAGGCCUGCUAGCUUGGCCUCUGGAGCUUCAUCCAGACGCACCUCACUGGCUUCGUUAGCCGAGUCUGGAGAGUUUCCAGGAGAGCGCAGUGAGGAUGAUGGAGGAUUCUCUGUGCGUCCUUUUGUGAGGAGCAUUCAGCGUCAGAGCUUGUCCUCCAGGUCGUCGAUAGCCAGCCCUUUAGCCUUCAGUGACAGUGGCAUACGGCCCUCCUGGUCUCUCUCAGCCAAGCUUCAGAUGAGGUCAAACUCCCCCUCCCGUUUCUCGCUCGACUCUCGAUGUUCCCCUCCUCUGGAGCGAAUAGGAGAAGCCUGCGAUGACAAAGGCUCCCACUCCAGUGGAAAAGAAGAGCACUAA